AGUCACUUUCCAGUCAAAAACGUCAGGCCAUUUUUAUUUUGUUUGUCUCGUUUGGCUUGUGCAACCGAGAAAAUUGCAAUUUCCUCGGUUAUUGGGCCGUAGAUAUCUGCAGAAAGUGAACAAAUAGCUUCAGAGAUGGUGCGAGACCGGUCGGCGUCUGCGGACUCCGAAAAAAAGGACAGAAAAGGGCGAAGUCGCGAGAAAGAUCGUAAAAAACGAGGCUCUGUGUCCAGUAGCAGUGACAGCAGUGGCAGUUCUUCGGAUAGCAGCUCUUCGAGGAGCAGUUCAGGAUCUCGAUCGAGUUCAUCCAGCUCUAGUACUUCCUCGAGCAGCUCUUCAUCGAGUUCCAGCAGUGGAGCUGAACGCUCGAGGGCUAAGCGCAAAACCGUCACCAGAUCUAGGAGCAAGAGCCCUGUAAAGGAUAAAAAUCAGAAGGAUGGGAAGGAUUCGCGACGUUCGCGUUCGAGGGAUCGCUCUCGCCGUCGCAGCAUCGACAAGGAUGACAAGGUGCACAGGAAGAGCCCUGAGAAGUCUCGUGAAGGCAGAAAUCGCUCCCGGUCGAUGUCACCUCGUAGCAAGCGCAGAAAGGAACGUUCGGUCACUCCACGACCAACUAGAAUCCAUAUCGGACGCCUCACGCGCAAUGUGACCAAGGAUCAUGUGGCGGAGAUCUUCAGUGUCUAUGGGGAGAUCAAGGGCAUUGAGUUUCCCCUUGAGAGGGCCAUUAAUGCUACCAGAGGCUUCUGCUAUGUGGAAUACAGUAGCCCUGAUGAUGCAGAAAACGCAAUGAAGCAUAUGGAUGGCGGUCAGAUUGACGGGCAGGAGAUUACGGCAGCUCCUGUGCUGGUGCCCAAACAAAGGCCACCUAUUCGGCGUCCAUCGCCCAUUCGGAACAAUCGCGGAAUGCCACGCUGGAGAAUGCAGUCACCGGUUCGUUUCCGGCGCAGAUCUCCCAUCAGACGCAGCCCACGUCGUCGCAGGAGCCCCCCUAUUCGUCGACGCAGGCACAGCAACAGUUCUGGAAGCUCUCGCUAAGUGCUUCAGGAACUUUUCAGUUUUCUCAGGCUAUCUCGUGUUGUGAGACGCUCAACUGGCAGCAGUGAUUCGCAUUUUGCAUCAAUUACCAUUAGGAUGAUAUCGGCUUUGAGUUUGAAGUCAUCACAAGCGGGAUGAUCAACGCGUAUCUGCCAUAGAGAAAAUAAACAAAUAACACACAAAUGGUAUAUGAGAUAAUAUUGCUGCAAAUUGAAAUUAUACGCAUAACUUCAAAUUUAUUGAAUAAACACUGGGAGAAAAAGUAAA